UAAAGUAUUUGGACAAGUUUGAGGGAAAAAUAAUGCCUAUACGGUACAUGUGAGGUGUGCUCGUUUAUUGUUUUGGACGUUUAGCAUCAUCAAUGGCAUGAGCAUCCCCACUCAUUUAUGUUGCAAUGCAUUCUUCUAUCAUUGUCAAAGGCAGCCAUUGCGUUAAUAAAAUCACACCCAAUCGCCCACCCUCGUUUCACAACCAUCACUUAUCUUAUCCACACUCAGGUUUGCAGUUGUUUACUCUGCAUCUACAGCUCAAUUAGGUGCGCUUCCUUCAUUGGCCGCAAGACGCAAAGGGGCGCGGUUUCAAUGCCUAGCCACACCUCUUGCGCUGGCCUGGGUGACAAGAGGGAAAAAGACAACUCAGGAGCGCACUGGCCUUCAGUCACUACACACUGGUGGAAAAAUAUGAUCCCGAGAAGAGCUCAUCCUGCGCUCCGAUUUUCAAGCCAACACUUCCACAGCGACUAAACAGCUCACUCUGGUCGCUGUUCAAAUAUUUUUUUCCCUGCUUCUAUUUUUUUUUCUUUUCCUCCUGUCACUUUGCACCAGAAUGUGCGUGGAAGGUGAUGGAUGCGAGCUGGAAAGCUGCGGCAAUUUGGACGAGGUGCGCACGCUUUCGGGCAGCAUGAGCCCCACGCUCAAAUCCAACCCGGACCUCCACGCCUGCAAACCCGGGCAGAAAUUUCACGCCGCGCUGCUCCGAUGCCGCACGCCGGGCGUUGCUGCCGGGAUCCUCACUUUCGGGAACGUCCUCAAUUACAUGGACAGAUGCACAGUAGCCGGUGUGGCGCAAGAUAUUCAGAAGCAAUUCGCCGUGUCAGACAGCAUCGUUGCCUUGCUGCAAACAGUGUUCAUCUGCAGCUUCAUGGUGGCAGCUCCCAUUUUCGGUUACUUGGGCGACCGCUUCAACAGGAAGACCAUCCUUAGCUGCGGCAUUUUCUUAUGGUCCACCGUUACGCUCUUGAGCUCCUUCAUCAGCGACGAGUACUACUGGCUGUUUGUGCUCUCGCGUGGACUGGUGGGCAUCGGAGAGUCCAGCUACUCCUCCAUCUCCCCCACCAUCAUAGGAGACUUGUUCACUAAUGACAAGCGCACCAUGAUGCUCUCUUUCUUUUACCUGGCCAUUCCCUUGGGAAGCGGAUUGGGUUACAUCCUGGGCACCGGCGCCAAGUUAGCUGCAGGAGACUGGCACUGGGCACUGAGGAUUUCUCCCGUUCUGGGGAUCACUGCUGCAACCCUGAUCAUGCUCUUUGUGCCUGAGCCAAAGAGAGGAAGUGCCGACCAGAAGGGAGGACGCAUCAAGUCCCGCACGUCGUGGCUGUGCGACAUGAAGACGCUGGCUAAAAAUCGGAGCUACGUGUUUUCAUCCCUGGCGUCUGCCGCCGUGUCCUUCACAACGGGUGCAUUUGGGAUUUGGAUUCCUAUCUACCUUGCCAGAGCUGCGGUGGUGCAAAAGACCGCAGAGCCUUGCGGGACCAAAGAGAUCUGCAGCAGCAAAGAGAGUCUUGUCUUUGGGGCGAUCACAUGCAUUACGGGCCUGCUGGGCGUGCUCAUUGGGGCUGCCACUACACGUCUCUGCCGGAAGAAGACAGUGCGAGCGGACCCCCUCGUGUGCGCAGUUAGCAUGCUAGGCUCGGCCAUCUUUAUCUGCCUCAUUUUUGUCGUGGCAAAGAAGAGCAUCACAGGAGCUUAUAUCUGCAUCUUCAUAGGAGAGACACUGCUCUUCCUCAACUGGGCCAUAACGGCCGACAUUUUGAUGUUUGUGGUGAUUCCCACGCGGAGAGCAACAGCAGUGGCGUUCCAGAGCUUCACCUCUCACCUACUGGGUGAUGCAGGAAGUCCAUACCUAAUAGGCCUGAUCUCUGACAGCCUUCGUCAGAGCUACGCGACGUCGGCGCUAUGGAAGUUCCUCAGUCUGGGCUACGCCCUCAUGCUGUGCCCCUUCAUCAUCGUCCUGGGGGGCAUGUUCUUCCUGGCCACGGCGCUCUUCUUCCUGGAUGAUCGGGAGAAGGCUCAGAAUCAGUUGAGUCAACUCUCUCGACCCUCCACUUCAGUCAAGGUGUGAUCAGGUGGCAGCCGAGCAAAGAAGCGACAGCCGGGAUGACAAAGUGGCAGCGGAUUUCCACUGCCACGCCACUUGACACACCAACGGAACUGCUUCUUAAUUGGACACAAGGGCGCGUCUUGCCCCUCCUCGGAGACGCCUCUGAAAUCGCGAGCUUGUGAGAAGCCUGCCGACUUGACAGCUCGUGUCCUCCUCACCUCUUGUCUCGGAGGAUCCACCCAACUUUCAUUUCGGAGAAAGCGAAGGUGACCUCUGACAUCUCCUGGUGCCAUACUACUGAAUGCUGACCACGAACCUGCCCUGUCUGUCUUUGCCUGUCUGUCUGCGUGUCUGCUUGUCCGUCAGUCGUCGGCUGUCAAUCUGCACCAAGUGCCAUAGUGUCAUUACAUUCCUUCAGACUUUGCACUGACCACCUUCAUGACAUCACCGCUAUGUUUACAUUAGUGUUGCACCGAUAUCGAUCGGUACCGAUAUGGCACUAAAAUGAUGUCAUCUGGGUGUACUAGUAAACAACGUCCCGAUGCUGCGCAAUAUCUACUUUUUGAGCUCUAGUUUCAAUUCCCGCCAUGGCCACCAGCUUGUUACCCUACCCAAGCAUGGGUGUCCAGUCAUGUGGCGUCCAACGAUCGUUCUGAUGUGAAUUAAAAUUAGUGAUAAACUCAUUGAAAUUCACAGCAGAGGACUAUUGGAUGCCACACCGUUGGAUGUCUAUUCUCAUUUUUUGAAGACCAACAAACGCUGCUUUAUUUUAUAGAGGCAUGCGUAGCUGGCGGCCAACUUGGGUAGGUCGACCAGCAGCAGCAUCGGCAAUUAUUACUUAGGACUCGCCGAUACGGAUGACGUCAUUUUAUUGCCGUAUCAGUACCGAUACUCGUAUCAGUAUCAGUGCAAUACUAAGCGCUAUACAGCCUUUCAAACAAAAGGUUAACAAUUAUUUGUGAACUGUACUCCUGUUAACAGACCAAAGCUGAAAAGGUCAUGGCAGAGUGACAAAAAAAAAAAAAUGCUGCGAUGUUCGUGUCAUCUCGGGACAAAUGCAAAGUUGCGUUUACCUGCCGCGAUCUCAUUACGGGCCAGGCUUUGCCGUGUGUGUGAACAUAGUCUUCAUCGGAGAGCCAAAAAGUGUUAGCGCGCACGGGUCAGCGAAUCAGCCUUAAAGCGCUCGUGUCCGCAGAGCAAGCCAGCUGUUUCCGACGAGCCUCGUACGUGUAUCCUUUUUAGCGAUGAGCACUUAAAUCGGCGUCUACCAGAAAACGACUGGGUUGGGAGAACGUUCUGCAAGCUAUUUUUCUGCGAUGUUGAUUUAUUUUUCUUUUUUUAUGUGAGUUAUGUGUUAAAAGAGGUUACUGCCUGUGAUUGUUUCAGAAGAAUCAAAAUGAUUUCAAUCUGGGUGGUUUUGAACAAAAAAUAUACAUAUAAAAAGGGACACUGGAUUAUAUAAUUUAUAAUUUAUAGUAUGUAUAUAUGCUUUUUCCCCAAAUAUAAAUGACAUUUUAUUAUUGUGUUUUGGGGAUGUAUAAAGGGAAUACUUUUUUUUUUCUUUUGGGGAAGUUUUUUCUCCACACUGCCUUAUCAGUGAGCUUGCUUUUUCUCACUCUCUGAUGCUUGGUUUAGAAUUUCUUGGUUUGGAAUACCCUCACAGAGGAUCUUUUUUAAGAUUGAGUCCAGUCCAGCCUACACAGGAUGGAAUAACAUCCAGCCACUGUUAGUGAUGAGCGAUAUGGCCUAAAUGUCCAAUUUGUUCACAAAAAUUAGCAAUUUGUUCCAAUUGUAUUGUUUCGAGACAAUAAAAACAAGAGACAGAAACUGGCAGGGAAACCGGGAGGGGUGAAUUUGCAAUCAAAAUGAAUUGCACGCCUAGCGCCAUCAAUGGUGCUGAAAGAUAAGCAUUCACAGUUGAUGUUUUAAUAAUUUAUCAUUUUAUUUAUUCAUAAAAUAUAUAAAUAAAACAAUGGUUAAGAAUAAAAAAUAUAGUAUAUAUAAUUAUUAUUGAGAUCUGGGGACCACGUAUGUAAACAUCACUUGUAUAGCAAAUGUUAAUAUUGUGGCCUAAAUGACCCAAAAUUUGAUGUCCUCAUACCUGGACUCCAGAUCUUCAACGGGUUGUUUUAAUUUCUUUAAAUUAACAAAAAUAUGUCACUUGCCCUGAAAAAGUUUUUUUUUUUUUUUUUUAAAUCAGAUUGACGUUGAACAAAAUUAACUUAAAUAAAAUGCAAAACAUUCGUUCAUUCAGCUUAAACAUUUUUACAGAAGAUACAAUUUUCCCCCGAAAUCCUAAAGCCACUAAUACAAGUUAAGUUUUGAGGCAGAUGCAUGGCAUGCAAGAGAAAUCAAUAGGCACUUUUCAGGUUUGCAAGGGAACAUAUGUAAUGUGGACGUGUUGACCUCAUGUAGAAAUAAAAGGGAUGUUGCAGGAGUCUUUAGCUGUGUCCAUUCAGAGCCUGUACGCUUCUGGACGUGAUUGACGGAGGAUCCUCCUCCCUGGUGUUUUUUCUGGUUGCGUAAAAAUGAAAUUCAUUGUCAUUUAGAUCAAUAAAAUAUCAUAAAACAAUGCAAACAUAUGAAACAAGUUCUGAACUGCCAACAUUUUAGAGUGCCAAGCGAAUCAUUGUCACCAUUGGUACUUAGUAAUGGUUAGCUUGAUGCUAUAAAAAUGUUUGCGGUUAAGUUCUUGCAUCAUAAGUUUGUUAUUUCAUUAUAUUGGAUGAUUAGCUGCGUGGAGCUCACUGAAUGUGAUUGUGUCCGACCUGAUGCAUUUGUACAUGCGCGUCCUCUUAAUAAUCGAACCAUUUUGCACAUUUAAUGUUCAGGGAUUUAUUUGAACAAUAGCGUAGCACCAAUGUCUCCGUUCCAUCGUUUCACGCUCUCGCGGAGGCAUGAAUUGAUUUGCCAAAUUUAGUCCAUCUAGCACCGAUCCUUCAGUAUCUGUCGUAUCUAGCAAAUCUGUGUAAAUCAUCCUUGUGGUGAUGUGUUGAGAAUGCUCUAUUUCUUGUUGUACAAGAAUCCUGUAUAUAAAGAAACCUGUUCUAUUUCUGAUGUUUUACAGAAAAUGAGGUUUCAUUUUAUUUUCAGGCAGGUUUACCCAAGAGCAGUGUGAAAUGAUAUUAUUCUAGAACUGAACUGUGAUGCUCCCGUCAGGGGUUGAUAGAAUAUGUACACAACUACACAUGAUGUAAUUCAAAUAAACCUACAGUAUUUAAUCACCUA